AUGAACUUGAUGCUACUCUUUACUAUUGUAAAGUCGGAGGUAUACACUAUUAGAGAAAACAGGCCCACAGGCUUAGCCUUGACUAUAACAGACGACAAUGUUGGAUUUACAGAAUACGACCCAACCUCCCCAGAACAAAAGAUAGAGUUUAAGGACGGUGCCUUAAUGAGAAAUGAUAAAAGAGUGUGUGCAUCUCCAAACUCCUCAAAAGUUAAACUUUGUGCCAGUGGCCGACCGAAUAAUGCAAAUUUUGAGUUGAUUCAGUAUGGAACGAUGUUUAAGGUUGGCACGCGGGGAUCUCACGUUCUUGUAAUAGGAGAUUAUAAUUCAAGUACUGAAAUGUAUGAUGCUAAUGUGAUAGAUGAACGAAAGGUGACCAACUACUGGUUUAUAAUAGAACCAAGGAUAGAUGAUUUCCUAUAUUCCACUUUUGAAACAUCAAGGAAAAUGUUAACGAUAUUAGAUUAA